UAAAGGCGGAUUUCUUGAGUGCGAACGAGCAACAGGAGUUGGAACGAGCAAUCAUAGCGUCGGGAGAGAAAAUGCAAACUUAUGGCUGUCCUGAAUAGUGUCUAUGCUUAGUUUAGCGUCACAAGAGUAGGUUAGGCUGUUGCACAAAGUGAACUGCUGACACAAAGCCUCCGCUCUAGCGACGAUUGUUACAAGACUACUCAUCUUGACCGCAGGGCACUCCGAGAAUUGAUCUACAAUGGAGAACUAUACGAAAGGGGAAUCGACCGAAGAAAGCGUCGACCCACCACCUUUCAAAGAUCUUCGAGAUGACUUUGUUCACAUGAAAGUUCAGCCCAACAGCAAGCUUAGAAACCUGCUAGAGUAUGCCAAAAAAGCUUUCAAGGACGAAGCAAAAAGGCAGAUGGUGUUCACCGGCUCUGGUCACGCUCUAGCAAAAACCAUCUCGUGCGUCGAAAUUAUGAAGCGAAAGCACAAGGGGGUGCAUCAAGUGAACAAGAUCCUGUACAAGAAAGUCGAAGACUGCUGGGAACCUAAGUCACCGGAAUUUGACAGGUUGAAAAUUGUCCGAGAAAUACCGACAAUGCACAUACUUCUGAGCAAAGAUCCAGUUGAUACAACGCAGCUAGGGUACCAGGCACCCGGAUGCACCGAUGGCAGCUGGUCUACAGAACAGAAGUCAAUGAAGCCGAGAAAGAAACAGUUCCCAAAGAGGACACCUCGCAGACAGAAAACACAGCAGUCUGAAGAGCAGUGAAUGUACAGUGGAGAACGUACUUGUAAAUAAAGCCAUUCUCAAUGUUUUCUGCU